AUGUUAUCAGCGACAUAUCAAGCUUACAUGCCUUUUCAUAUAUUCGUUUAUCAAUUUCUAUGUUUGGCUGGUGUUUUUGCGAAUAUUUCAAUUAUCGUUGUACUACUGAGGCCAACAAUGCGCAAAAAUCCAUUCAACACAUUUUUAAUUGCAAUAGCUAUAUGUGAUAUGACUCUGAUGGCUUCUUACUUCAUUUAUAAGCAGGUCGAGAUUUGUCAUCCAUGGUACUUUUCUUAUUUUUGGAUUGUUUUCACUUACUUUUACGCAAUUUUAUCAGUUUUUAUACAUUCUAUUUCACUCUGGCUAACUGUAAAUAUGGCUAUUCUCCGGUAUCUUGUGCUUAAACGAAGUUCAAGUUCACAUUCCACAAUACCAUCUGUUAAUAAUUUUACUGCUGCGUUUAUUGCAGUUAUUACUGCUAUUGCCCUUUCGUUAUUUGGUGCAAUGCCGAAUAUGCUCAGAUACGAAAUACGAGAUGGUGGCUUCCUCGAUGCGCCUUCCUUUUGCUUAGAUAAUAGCUCAGAUUAUGCACAUUAUUAUUCAGAGGAUUCUAAAGUACAUGCAUAUAACAUAGCACAACCAUCUUGGUGGAAUUGCAGAUGGGAAAGGUUGAAUUUUUGGCUUGCAGGCCUCGUGUUGAAAUUGAUUCCAUGCUUCCUGCUGACGGUUUUUAUGACUUUAUUAGUGCGAGUAAUUAUUGAAGCACGAGAUCGUCGAACUCGCCUAUCUAUUGGUUCAAGAAGAAAAUCGCAGAACGAGCGAACCACUUCAAUGUUAACCGCUAUAGUAGCAGUUUUCUUAAUUACCGAAUUGCCACAAGGACUUAUCGUUUUCGCCACAGGCGUAAAACCAGGAGUCCGAUAUGCUAUGCAGUAUAUUGGCGACUUUAUAGAUCUCCUUUCACUCAUCAACAGCAGUUUCAACUUUAUACUAUGCACACUAAUGAGUAAUGUUUUUAGGUAA